AUGCAGGCUUACAGUCAUGCGCAACAACAAGAGUCUACACCAGAAGGAGUGGGACAAGCUUCAUAUGAGGCUGAUGGGAUAGGUGAACAGCAAGAACAGGAGGACGAUGAGGAGUCUGAUGAGGAUGUUGUUGAUAACGAUGAUCAGCGUAAAGGGAGGAGGAGGCCUGGAUUAAUUGCUAAGCUUACUACACCGAUACAGAAGACUACCACCACGACGAGCGAUGUGCACAUACUUCCUACUCCUGUUAUUAAUACACCUGAGGACGGUGUGGGAUCUGUUGAGAUUAAUCACAGCGGUGAAGCAGGGAAGGAUGGUAUUCACAGUGAACAGAAGGAAGGAUCUGUGCUCACUUCUGGUGUGAUAGCACAGGACUUGGGAUCAGCGGAUAAGGCGGAUAUUGUGGUCACCGAAAAAGGGGCUUUCGAUGCCUAUGAUCAUCCCAAUGAUAGCUCUAAGAAUACUGCAACGACCAGUAGCAGUAGGAGCAGUAAUGCUGAGCACAAUAACCACGGGCAGCAUAGGACGCCGCCGAUACAGGGUGGUGAAGUACCCCCUUCACCCCCGGCAGCACGGAAG